AUGGCUUGCUGCGCUGUCUUCGUUUGCUUUCUGGCAAUGCUGGUGGGAUGCUUGCUGACCUUGCUGCAGCGCCGGGGAAUGCUGGUCACUGGUCAGGCCGUGCCGGACUUGGGCAUUCCGACUAUGAGCAUGAGCCACGAUUUUCGAACCGGUCUGGUGGAGUCGGUGAUUAGCUUGGAGACGCCACCGGGCAACCUAGCGGUGUCGUCUUCAGGCCGCAUCAUUUUCAACUUCCACCCCAUCCACAAGCAGCCUUCAGGCUACAAGUUUGCUGAAGUAAUGGGCGACUCUUGGAUACCCAGGUUGGACUUGGACAAAGCUACGCGGGAGGUCCUCUCGUUGCGAAUUGGCUCUUCGGGCAGGUUGUUCUUGCUGGAUCACGCAGGUCAUGGUGUUAUGCACACUCCGAAGCUCGUCAUCUUCGAGCUUGGGUCAUCGGCCAAAGAGGAUCGGUUCCAGAUGGCGUACAGCUUUCCAAACGAAAUUGCUGGCUUCGGGUCGAUGCUGAACGAUUUCAACUUGUCGCCUGAUGAGUCAAUGCUGUAUAUUGCAGACACCUCAGCGUUGGCUGGCACCCCAGCCCUCAUUGCUUGCUCCAUGGCCCUUCUGGAGAAGCAGUCCAAGGAUGCUUGCCGGCGGUACUUGGACGGACAUCUUUCCGUAAUGCCUGAAACGUUGAGCAUCAACGUCAAUGGGGACUCUGCGCUCUUGUCAGUCCUGUCGCGCAUCGGGGUUGACAGCAUAGCCCUCGACAGGAAGUCGAGGUGGCUUUACUUUGGCCCUUUGAGCUCCACGGCCCUCUUCCGCGUUCCAGCGGCCCUUCUCGCGACCAAUGCCUCUGAGAGUGAGGUUGCGGGCGCGGUUGAGCGAUAUGCGGCCAAGCCCAUUUCGGACGGGCUUAGCACGGAUGAUGCAGGAAAUGUCCUUGUGACCGCGUUUGAGCACAGCGCCCUUGUAGCCAUCAAACCGGACCGAUCACUCAAGGUUAUUUACCGGAGCAAGGAGCAUCUGCAGUGGCCAGACGGAUUGAGUUUCGGUCCUGACGGCUGGCUCUACGUCACCUGUAGCGCCCUGCAUCAUGUCAUGCGAGGCCGGAGCAUCGCUGACUAUGCGCCGUUUCACAUCCUACGCUUACGGAUGGAGACGGCUGCUGCGCCAGGCAGAUCCGUGACCUUGAAGCGAGCUCCGGCCGCAUCGCCCUUGGAGGCAUGGAUCAGGUUGGAUGCCUUGAUGGGUCCUCAACGCGACGUUGGCAAAAAAGCCAAGAAGGAUCCAUCAGAAGAUUGGAAAAGCGAGUCUGUGUGCAAAAGCUUCCUGGCCGGCUUCUGCCCAUACGACAAGGUCUGCGCAAAGAUCCAUUCGGAAGCAAUCCGAGAACGUUUUGACCAGCAUCCCGAGGGUGCCAAAGACAGUGAAACCCGCGUCAGCUUUGAAAAGCUUGCUUUGCAAGACUGCGAGGAUGUUCUGCGGCUUGCUGAGGAGUACUCGGUUGAGAGGAUCCGGAACGAGCCGCGAAAGGUGAAGCUGCCUUCGGAGGUCGUUCAUCGUAUAGAGCUCUUAAAGAAGCAGUCGAAUGAGAUACAUCGACGUGCAGACAUGCUAGACAAGGAAGCCACUGCAGGUGGAGGGUACAAGAACCUUUCAAUGACGUGGUUCCGAGCCGCCAAGGAUAAGCUUGACGAAGCAGAGGAGCUUGAGAGGGUGGAGAACAAAAAGCAGUUGGACGCCAUACGGCCCACAGUUUGUGAGGUUUGUGGGGCAGUCUACAUUGACGAGAUAAAGUACAAAGCUCACUUUGAAUUUGACGUCCACGAAGGAUACAAGCAGGUGAGGGAAAGGCAUGCUGACCUGGAGGCAAAGCAUGCCAAGAUGGAGCAAGCCAUCAAGGCAAAAGGCAAAGAGCCCAGCAAAGCCCCUGAUCGUCGGAGACGCGGCAGCGAGGAGGCAAGACCGCGGCAGAGAAGCCGAGGUGAAGACACGCGUGGUCGAGCGGCGAUGGUGUCUGGCCGAGAACGGUCAGGUGGGCACCCAGGCUACUCCGGCUACAGAGCAGUGGCAGCUGCGUCAGGGUAG